AUGAUAGUCGAUCGAGUCUCUAAAGCUCUGCAGGGGGACCCUCCUGACGCCAGUAUUGAUGAUGAGGGGGGCUCCUUGGAGGAUGAUGAGGAUGUGAUGAGUGAUGAGGUGGAACAUGACAAUUUUAUGACUCUCAGACAGUUUCAGGCGGAAGUUCGAAGGGAUGCUUUUAUUAGGAAAGGAUCACAAUUCAUUGGACCCAAGUUCACUUGGUGUAAUAAACAAGGAGGCUCUGCUAGACGUUGGGCCCUGCUGAACAGGGGGUUAAUCAAUUUAGAGUGGUCUUCUCAUUGUCGGUCGACCAGUCUUCAGCAUCUCCCGAAGGUUAUGUUGGUUGUUAUAGUGCUAGCUGGGCUGUCUAAUCUUGAUAUGGAUAUUAGGAGUACAGAGGCUAUUAUUUCUUCUUUGGAACUGUCUGAUACUUUUGAUAAAGGCACCCAGGCUUAUCUAGAAGAGAUGUAUGCAAAGUAUGCAGCUCUGGAGAGGCAAAAUACCAAUAAAUGGGCCCAGCGUGCACACAUGGAUUGGGUCUGUGAUGGGGAUACCAAUUCAGAAUUCUUCCAUAAUAUAAAUCGUAUUCGCAAGCAUAUCAAUCAUAUCACCCAGGUAAAGGAUGUUAAUGGUAAUUUAUUUUCUGAUCACUUUGGUAUUGAGAAUGCUUUCUUGAAUUUUUAUUCUAACAUGUGGUCGAACUCUUCUACUGACUCUUUCUCUGAUAUUUUGAGUGUCAUUCCCCAUGAUCUCCCUCAGCUUUCGGCUAUGGACAGUGAUUUCCUCAUUCGUGAGGUUACUCGUGAAGAAAUUUGUUUGUCUGUUUUUGAGCUUCCUUCAGAGAGCAAGCGGGCUUUGUUUCGGGUCGCUGUCCCUUUGAUAAACAUUAUUGCUUUGCAAGAGGUUGCCCAUACAAUUGAAACUGAUUGCAAGAACCUCCCUAGGAUGUUAGUCAAAAUAGAUAUUGAGAAGGCCUAUGAUACCAUAAGUUGGAGUGCAAUUCUUUCUACUCUUACCAAGAUGAGUUUCUCCUUUGUUUGGAUUUCCUCGAUAAAAUCAUGUUUCACUUCCACUUCUUUUUCUUUCCUCAUUAAUGGCCAUCCCUCCUAUUGGAUUAGCUCCUCCAGAGGUAUUAGACAGGGAGAUCUUAUCUCCUCCUACCUGUUCAUACUUGUUUCUCAAAAUCUCACUUCUAUACUGAAUUUUGCUCUGGCUAAUGACUUUGUCCCGGGCUUUGACAUGAGAUUGCAUGUUAAUUUUAACCAUCUUAUGUUUGCUGAUGAUUUAGUUAUUAUUUCUCAAGCGUCUCAUAAAUCUGCUAGAUUUAUCAAGCUCUGUUUUGAUUUCUAUGGUAAAAUUUCUGGCCAAGUUCCUAAUGCUUCUAAGUCUGCUAUUUACUUCCCUUCCUGGGCUAAUAAGAGGGUGGCUAAUCGUAUUUGCUCUAUUCUCAAUUUUUCUGCUGGUUCUUUUCCAUUUAAAUAUCUGGGGAUUCUUAUUUCAGCCAAGUGGUUGGUUAGAUCCACCUUUGAUGUCAUCACUGACAAUAUUAAAGGCCGCUGUUCUCGGUGGAUGCAUUCUAAAUUAUCCCCUACUGCCAAGGCUGUGCUCAUCAAUUCUUCUCUUCUGUCCCUUCCCAUCUAUUAUCUAUCUAUGUACCCGAUAUAUGAUUCUAUCCUAAUGGAAAUUCAUAGAGUUGUUAGGAGAUUCUUUUGGAGAAAGAGUAGCAAUGGAAAGGGCAUCCAUGCUGUUGCUUGGAAUGAUCUUACUAUUCCAAAGACUGAGGGGGGUCUUGCAAUCAGAAAACUUACUCUUGAUAAGCAUUCUCUUAUGGCCAAGAAUGUGUUUAAAUAUCUCAACUGUGAUAAUUAUCUUUGGGUUGAUAUUUUGCUGCUUAAGUAUGGCUUAGUUAAUAUUUGGAGGGAUUCCAUUCCUUCUAGGUGCUCAUGGUUUUUUAGGGGUCUCUGUUAUACAGCCUUCAAAAUUAGACCUAGUUUGAGAAUUAAUUCUGUUAACCCUGAGCAGACAUCCCUAUUAAAUCAUCCCUGGUGCUCUGAGGUUCCUCUCUCACUUUGUCCUACUUAUUUUAAUGUUAAUUUGAAUCUGGAAUUGUUAAGUGUCUCUGAUUUUCGUAACGAUGGGGCCUGGGAUUUCACCAACUUGGCUUGUUGUUUGGGGACUGGUUGGGGUGUUUUACUCCGAAAUUGGGUGCCCUUGAUCUUACUAGUAACAAUCAUUGGUUUUGGUCUAUUAGCUCAGUGA